AUGGACCAUUAUAUAUCAUUCGAAAGACCUGGAUCUCAGCUUUCUAACGCCGCUAGAAGCAUGUCAUUUGGACUUCUCUAUCCCAAGUUAUGCUCUUUUGAAGGUGAAGAGGGGAAAGAAUCUGAAGACGCUAUUCAAAAAAAGGAUGAUGCUACGGUAAGCAAUAAUAAGUUCCCGGAUCACACUGGAAUUCCAAUGGGGGAAAUCCCAUACGUAGGAUUGAGAUUUGAUUCGUUGCAGCGGGCACAAGAGUUCUAUUCUAAUUAUGCAAAGAAAGUUGGGUUUGUGACUAGGAUUAGGAAUACAAACUUUGACAAGACCAGAAAGGAAUUAAAGGUACCUAUUAACCAAUCGAUACACUACAGUCAUGAAGGUUAUCGGGAGUCUCGAGUGAAUGCAGCAACGCGAGUAAAGAGAAUAACAACAGCCGGGUGCAAAGCAAGGAUGUACGUGAUACUUGAUAGGCAGAAUGAUAAUUGGCUGGUGUCCAAAUUAGAAUUGAAGCACACUCACAUGUGUUCUGCCGAGCAAGCAGUGCAUUACAGUGAGUACAUGGAACUGACCAUGCAUGCCAAGUGUGUGAUUCAGAACAAUGAUGAGGCUGAUGUGAAGGAAAUGAUUAGCUAUUUCAUGCGAAUGAGAGAUAUAAACCCGAAUUUCUUCUAUGCAGUUGAUGUGGACGAAACUAACAAGUUUAAGAGUCCGCUAUGGGUAGAUGCAAGAUGCAGGACAUUGUAUGAAUAUUUUGGAGAUGUGGUAUCGUUUGAUACAACGUACAGAAGAAACAAGCAUGGACUUCCGUUUGCAUCUUUCGUUGGUGUCAACCAUCACGACAAGUCCACUCUACUCGGAUGUGCUUUGUUGGGUAAUGAGGAAAUUCCUAGCUUUGAGUGGGUCUUUAAAAACUGGUUGAAUUGCAUGGGAAAUCCCCCACAGGCCAUCAUCACGGACCAGUGCAAAUCCAUGUUUGGCGCUAUUAAGAAUGUCUUCCCAAAUACUAGACACCGAUGGUGCAUAUGGCACAUAAUAAAGAAGAUACCACAUAAGCUCGGAGGAUAUGCUAAAUACAGAGAAAUAAAUGCUAAAAUGCAUGGCACUGUUUGGAAUGCCCGUUCUGAAGAGUCUUUUGAGAAGGAUUGGUAUGUUAUGCUGACCUUUACGACGAUCGUCAAAUGUGGGUUCCAAUAUAUUUUUAAGGUGAAUUUUGGACUGUUCGUGCAUGAGUAUGACAAUGUGCUUGGGAACAAAGAGCAAAAAGAACUGGUGGAUGAUGCUGCAGACUCUAAAGGAGUUGUCCCAUGUUCAUCGAGCUCUACAAUUGAAAGACAAUUCCAGCAUGAGUACACAACCUCUAAGUUUAGGGAAGUUCAACAUGAAUUCAGUAAAAGAGGGGAUUGUUUAGUCCGUGGUGUCACUCAAGAGGAUGAUUUGUUUCUGGUGACCGUGAAUGAGCAAUACCUACUAUAUGGGGAGCCUAGGUCUUGGAAGUACAAUGUCGAGUUUGACCCCAAGACACACAAGGUUCGGUGUGAAUGCAACAUGUUUGGAUCAAGAGAUUUUGUGACAUACGAAGAAGAAGCGGCCAUGUUACAUUCGGGUUUUGAUCAGUUAAGGUCAAAGUUGCUUGAUUAUCGUGCGAACUUGGUGUCCAGGCGUGUUCCAACUACACAAAAUAGCACGGUCACACAAUGCGACCAUGCUCUUGUUGAAUCUGACAUCCAAGGUCCUUCAAAGGAAGUUGAUCAAGCAGUGAAUCAAGAUAUAGUGGGGGGUUCUGCUGGGAGAACGAAUGAUUCACAGGAACAUGGCGGGUUCUUGUCGUUGUUAAACUCAUUUCGGCCUACUUAG